CCUUGUAAUGACGAAACACUUCAGCAGAUGAUUCCUGCAGGUAUAUAAGACAGUUCUCACGGUACAGGAUCCUAGAUAAUCUGUGUUCAGCUACUGAAAAGAUGAAGACGUUCAUCCUAAUCUGCCUUUCGGCGCUGGUGAUGGUAUCCUCGGCCGACAAGCUGGAUGACCUGCUUAACACGGACAUGGAGAAGCUAUUGGCUGACGAUGCGGUCAGGAAGCAGGUGGUGGGGUGCAUGACUGAUGAGCUGCCUUGCGGGGACUACCAGGCCUACAAAGACAUGCUUCCAGACCUCAUUGCCACAAACUGCGGCAAAUGCACCCCAGAACAGAAGAAGAGGUACGAAGAAAUAAACAAGUUCGUGCUGGAGAAAUACCCGAAUGAGUACAACGCGGUAGUCAGCAAGUACAGGCCCAAGACCGAAUGAUAUUAAGAAAUUAAAUAUUUACAUUUGAGUAUUAUGACAAUUUGCAAUUAUUACCCAUUAGGGCCCAGUAGUUAAUUACGAUUUCAAAGCAAUAAAAGUUUGUAAAGAAU